UCGUGAGGAUUGACGAAUGUAUGAAAAAUUUAAGAACUUGAAAUUCGGUAUUGUUGUGUUUUUCUCCAGCAAUGAUAAAUAUUGCACAAUGAAAUUCAAGAACAACUUACACAGUUACACAACAAUGGUAUACAGUAAAGGAAGUGGUGGUGAACCCUUGAACCAUGGAAAAAAAAUGGCAUUUUUGGUUUGCUUUAUUGAAAUAUUGAAAUUGUAUUGGCCGUAUACUAAAGGUUUUCGUUGACUUGACGGUUAACGACGACCUCUACACCCCUUACCACAUUCCCUUUGUUAGGCGGGGGUAGGGUGAAGCCAAAAUGUCUACCACAACUUCCGGAUGAUGUGCGAUAAACGAAGAAAAUAAUGCAUUCAGGGAUAGGUUGAACAGACGAUCGUUUUGUUGCACGGCCUGCAAGUGCCAAUAUGCAUACACCAGCUAGAGAAGCACCUCCAAAACCACGGACAAACAUGCAAAAAAUUGGCCACGCUCUCCGUUUGUCUAAAAAGUUUUCGCGAGAAUAUGAUGAUUUUGGAACAGCAACGGCUAGCCGCUUUGGUGAAAACAUUAAAAUUGUCUUCAGGUGGAAAAGAAGUAUUUACUGUCUUAUAUGGAAGGAGUUCCUGGUUUACAUGUCCCUCUACAUCUUUAUCACCAUCGUACAUGAUUUCGCGUUAACGAAUGCCGAUAAACAGCAUUUUGAAGAUCUAGCUGCCUAUUGUUCAAAGUUUGUCUCUUCAUUGCAACUCGUCUUGCUUCUAGGUUUCUUUACUUCAACUGCCAUGCAGCGUUGGUUUUCCUUGGUAAAUUCCAUUCCAGGCACCAGCAAAGUAACAGCUUACUUUGUCAACUCACUCAAAGAAAAUCAACCAGACGGAGAAGCAAUCGUUCAGCAAUACGCUAGAUGGAUUGUCUUGAGUUGGGCAUUGGUAUUUCGUUUGGUUUGCCCAGGACUAAAAGAAGCUUACCCAGAUUUGAUGUCCCUUCAAAACGAAGGGUUGUUAUUGGAGCAUGAACGUUUAAGACUGGAGAUGGAACCAUCCAUUAAAAAUCAUUCCCUCAUCGUCGUCAACUGGAAUCUGGGCUUAUUGCGAGUAUGCGCUAGGAGGGGUAUGUAUUACGUCCCAGCUGACUACACUAGAAACCUCGACUGCUUAAUGCUGUUCAAGAAAAAUUGCAAUAACACCAUCAAAUUUGCCACUAAAAACAUUCCGCAUGCCCUUAUUCAGGUAGUCACUAUUGCUGUGUACGCAUAUGGUUUAGCGUCAUUAAUGGCUCGUAUGCCUUCAAAACUGGCGCCUGAUGGAAGAUGGGAAUCCACUGUCGUGUCCUUUGUUUCUGGCUACUUCCCUGUCGCCAAUUUCAUUCCAUUCUUCCUGUUUUAUUCGUGGUUGAAAUUCGGACGCAUGGCCAGCUAUCCUUUCGGCGAAGAUAAGGAUGAUAUCGAUGUGAAGCAGCUGCUCUACUCCCAUAUUGAAGGCGCCAUUCGAUUACAGUCAAUUUACGUUGAGGCGUCUCCCAUCGAAAAAGUGGUUAUGACUUCCAUUCGUAAUCCAUCUCAUAUCUGGAUUGAGCACGCCAAGAGCCGAAUGUUGGAGGAAAGGCGCAAUUCUUUCGGUGACAUCGAAUUAACGAAAUAAGCUUCAAUAAGUAGUAGCUUACUACAUGUGUAAGCACCAGGAAACCCAAUGGAAAAAAUUGCUUGUUGAUCUAACCUUUUCUUUUUAAGUAUUAAUUUAUUUGAAUGACUUUAAAUAAUCAUACAUUUCAAAUGAUCUUCUUGAAAUGCAUUGGUUUCUUUAACCCUCUGCAAAAGGCUUAUGAGAGUUCGUGUUGAGGAAAAAAUUUCCAGUGGCUCUAGUUUAAAGAAAAUUACUUUAAAUUAUAACUGGUAUCAUAGGCAGAAUUGUGUGCUUACGUUGCUGACACGAACAGACCCAUUGAGGUCUUGAGAUUUUCAGGACAGGAUCCAAGCUGAAACUGGGAGUACGAGUCGCACUGGGUGGAGUUGAACGGAACGGCACUGUUGAUUGAUUCUGCAAAAUACUGCACCGCCCGUCGGUGGCUACACGCUGCAGUAUUAAAAUUUGAUCAGUAUGUAAGAAUCAUCUUGUUUCCAUCGUAACAUGCAGUACUUUCCUCGACCAGACCGCAUCCCUACGACAUGGCACACUGUAAAUGUGUAACAACUGGAAGGAAUUAGCUUUUUGAAUCCCAUACCGGCUGCAGGGACCCACCAUUAGGCCAAAAAUCAGCAUGUCCAAGUGCCAGUGGGAAUCCGAAACGCUUGUCUAAAAUGGUACCGGCAUUGGUAUGGAUAAUAUCAACAAAUUGGGCAUCCGUUUUGUCCAGGAUAUCGUCAACUUCGGAUUUAUCAAAACAUGGAAAUGCCGGAUCAAACCCUUCGUAUAGGGAGUCUGCCGUUUGUGGUUAGCCCUGCUCGGCCAACAACGUGUGCCCCUAGACUGAAACCCAUCAAAUGAAAUUGGCUCUGAUCAGCUCCUUGUGAAAUGAGAAAGUUCACCAGAUUUCCA